GUUGUGUACGUCAGCAAAUAUGGUGGAAUUCUAUGUGAAACACGUUCAUGAUUGAGAUGAUCCUACGUUAAAUGAUGUUCUGUUUUUUACGGUUUUGUACCUAGGGAGAUUGUUGAUCAAUGGCACGCCAUAGAAAUAUCAGAGGGAAGAACUUUGAUGAAGAUUAUGAAGGUUACGAUGAUGUGUAUGGUCACUCUGUUGAGGAUGACUUCAUGUAUGGGGCAUCACCAGCCACAGCCGAACAAUUUUUGUAUCGUCGUGGCCAUCAUGAGCUGUCAUCGUACCUAGAAGAUAUUGGAGAGGAUGAUAGAAAUAGUGAUUCAGAGCAACCUCUUGCUGAUUCAAGGAAUUAUGAGCGACCAAAACUCAGUGAUGUAGAUGAAGCUCGAUUACAGUCUUGCCUUGAUGAGAUCCGAAAUGUAGUCGGUGACACCACACCAGAACAUGUUCUCAUCGAUGCAGUGGUUGCUAACAAGUUUGACUACGAACGAGCUCUGGAUGCUAUCCUGAACAAGCAAGAAACCAACAAAAAGACCCGGAUAGACUCGAGAACAGACCCAACAGUAGAUAGAAAGAAAAAUAACUCACAAGAUGCUGUCAUAAAGAGUAGUGUAGGUGGGGAUAGUAGGGCAGGUGGUGUACAUAUGUCAAAGAAAACCGUGUCUCAAGAGAUCGGGUCAUUCAAAGGACAGGCCAAUGCAUCGUCUUUUUCAAAUACCCUUGUUGCAAAUCAACCUGCAACCGGUAGAUUCCAGUCGUAUUAUGAAAAGGUUGCUGCUGACAAAGAUCUGGUACAUUUUAACUUGGGUAGUAGCGGGGCAUGUCCACAGGUAAAAGAGAGCAUUGCACAUGGUGUUGAGUCAAGUGAUGUCAAGGCUUGUAGUAGUGUCAAUCAAGAAGGAAUUAUGCAAUUUUACCCCAAAGGUAAGGGGUAUAUACCGCAAGGUCAGAUGCAAAGUCAGCUCUUAGUUGAGCCUGGUUUGUCUAUGCAAGCUGGUGGAGUCAGCCUUGCAGAGUUGCCAAAUAUGCAAGAAAGUAGGAAUAAUGCAGUUUUGAAAGGAACAAAGGGGCGUGCCCCUCCAUUUGGACAAGAUCUAGCUCUCUCUUCAGGACGCUCAAACUUGGCAGCCAGUCACAUGACUGCCUCAGAGGUUGGGAAGCCAUUGACAUCUGGGAGUUUGAGUGUUAGAAGUAAAUCUGGGUCAGCCUCAUUGGCAGAUUUAGCCUUUGGACAAGGUUCUUUGAAGGGAAAAACUCCUGUGCCUUGUAACGUCUCAUUAGGGGGCUUGGCUUCAAGUCAACUGUUGUCAUCAAAAGUGCCUCAUCCAACACCAAGUAGUGCCACGCAGGAAAGCAUUUCUCUUGCUGAUCUAGCUAGUGGCCAUCACUCACCUUCUUCCAGAAUUCCACAAAUGAACAAGCAGGGUAAAGCAACAGGUUUGAAAUCAACACUUUCAGGGAAUGUAUCUCUAUCGGACUUGGCAUCCAGUCACUUGUCAUCACCUCCCAAACAGUCGCUACUUGGCACCAAGCAGGAAGACAGGAAUGCACCCAGUGUGAAGCCUACACCAUCUAGUGGUGUAUCCUUGUCAGACUUGGCGUCUAGUCACUUUUCAUCAUCUCCAAAACAAUAUCAGCUAAGCAACAAGCAUAGUAGUAUGAAAACACCUGGAAGCAAGUCUACUCCAUCUAGUGGUUUAUCUCUUGCAGAUUUAGCAUCCAGUCAUCUUUCUUCAUCAAAUGCCUCAGCAUUAGGCUCUUUGUCAGAUAAUGUAUGUGGUUUCAGUGGUAGGACUGCCCAAGGAAGUGGUGUUUCUCUUGCAGAUUUAGCAACUGCUGAUCAAACUACUUUUAAAGAUCCUAUUGGGUUGCAGUUGGGAAAGAAAGAUGAGAAACAAUCAGAAACCUCAGAGGUUAAAUCUGUUAAGUCUGGCUCUUCAAAACUGCACACGAGGAAAGAAAUUAAGCAGAAAGCAGCAGAUGAUCAGAUAGGGACAUUAAGUUUAGGCUCAUCUGGUGUUUCCGGUGUAGUUGAUAGAGAUGAGAGUGUAAAGCCUUCUGUAGAAUUAAAAACUCCUCGUGUUCCACCAGGCUUUGAAUCUUUUAUUCAUCCUCCAAGUCAUUCCAGAUCUUUUCACUUUGAUGAAAAUACGCAACCUCAGCUGCCUGUCUCAGGGAUCCCCUCAUGGAAAGAGGCACAGAAAUUAUCCUCUUCAAGGAAAUCAAAUCAACAAGCCACAUAUACCUCUUUACACAAACCUCAAACACAUUCCAAAGCGAACCGGAACUCAUCUGGCUUAUUUGCUCCGUUGUCGACCUUCGGGAAUGCUCUUUGCCAUCAGUGCAGAACAGCUUCCGCCAAAGCUGCAGCAAUUGGAAGAAGUAGGGUAGGGUAUCGUGGUGUUCAGAGGAGAGUCCUCCACAAGCAGUUCUCGUUUGAAAGACAGAAGAGCAGACAGGAGGAAGCUAAAGAAGAGAGCUGGCGAGAGGUUAAGCCUUUUGACUUCUCAAUUCCUUCUCCUGAUGAUAUGGUUAAACAACAGCAGCAGAGAGCUUUUGUUCCUCUGAAUCAAAGGCCCCAGAGAACAGACAACACAGCAGAGCUUGAUUCUAGGUUACGGGUCACUCAUACUGUUGAUGAUGCCGCAACACAAAUCACAAGACUCACCUUUGAAGGCAAAGAUCCUAAACAAGGAUUCCAAGUCAAAGUUGAAGACACCAGUAAAGGGAAAAGCCCUGAAGGAGGAGGAGUAGCAGGAGGAGGAGGAGGGGAAGGGGAGAUGAAGGUUGAAGGAGCAGGGUCACGCAAAGGAGCGCUUUCUCCCACACGGUUAUCAGAGUCAAGUAGCAGUAGGAGAAGCAGCAGGGAGUCCCUUCCAAAUGUAUGUAGUGAACCCGACCUUCAAGCAUAUUCUUCAGCAACAUCAACACCAAGUAGAAAGGAAGGCAGGAAAGCUUCAUCAAUUGACAUCGCCAAAGAGCUUGAGAAGCGACAGUCUGGCAAGGAGCUUCUGAAUCUAGUGGUCAUCGGUCACGUUGACGCUGGCAAGUCGACCUUGAUGGGUCAUCUUCUUUACCUCCUAGGUCAGGUCAAUCAGAGGGUCAUGCAUAAAUAUGAGACAGAGUCUCGUAAACAGGGCAAGGCUUCCUUUGCCUAUGCUUGGGUGCUGGAUGAGACUGAGGAAGAGAGAGGAAGGGGUAUCACUAUGGAUGUUGGUUUAACACGUUUUGAGACAACUCAUAGAUUAGUGACCUUACUAGAUGCACCGGGACACAAAGACUUCAUACCAAACAUGAUCACAGGUGCUGCACAGGCUGAUGCUGCUAUUUUAGUAGUAGAUGCAACAAGAGGUGAGUUUGAGACUGGCUUUGAGUCCGGCGGUCAGACGAGAGAACAUGCCCUACUUGUCAGGUCACUAGGAGUCAGGCAGCUGGUAGUAGGGGUCAAUAAACUGGACACGGUGACAUGGUCGGAGGAGAGGUUCUCAGAAAUUGUCAAGAAGCUUGGUUCUUUCUUGAAGCAGGCAGGCUUCAAGGAAUCAGAUGUAGUAUAUAUACCAUGCAGUGGUUUGACUGGUGAGAAUCUAUCUGAGAAAGCUAAAGAACCAGCACUUACAUCAUGGUAUACUGGCCCUUGCCUACUAGACCAUAUAGAUAAAUUGAAGCCGCCUAAAAGAUCAAUAGAACAGUCAAUGAGAUUAUGUGUAUCAGAUGUUUUCAAAGGUAUGGGUUCAGGAGUGAGUGUCUCAGGGAAAAUAGAAACAGGUAGUCUCCAGAUUGGAGAAAAGAUCAUGGUGAUGCCGGCUGGUGAGAAUGGUCUUAUUAAAGUAAUCACAGUACAUGAUGAAGACACAAGAUGGUCCUGUGCAGGUGAUCACACUACCGUAGUCGUUACUGGUGUUGAUAUGAUGAAUAUAACGAUUGGCAGUGUUAUCUGCUCCCAUCAUGAUCCUAUAAGAGCAACAACAAGGUUCCAAGCUCGAGUAGUUAUCUUCAAUAUUGAGGUCCCUCUCACCAAGGGCUUUCCAGUACUUAUCCACUACCAGUCCGUGAGUGAGCCAGCUGUCAUUAAGAAGCUUGUCAGUGUCCUUCAUAAAAGCACGGGAGAGGUUGUACAGAAGAAACCAAAAUGCCUCACUAAACAGAUGAAUGCAAUCAUUGAGAUCGAGACGAGUAGACCAGUUUGUCUAGAGCUUUACAAGGAUUAUAAGGAACUAGGAAGGUUUAUGCUGAGGUAUGGAGGCUCUACCAUCGCGGCAGGUGUCGUCACAGAGUUUAAGAAUUGACGUUCUCUUGGAAAAGCAGCUGACUUGCCAACCUAGUCAACAGUCUCAAUCAAAUUGAGGAGUUACCUAUGGUCUAGGACAAUCGAUACAUAACCUGCAAUGUACUGGUUUAUUGUAACACCGGUAUGGAUGAACAUUAUUUUUCCUGGUGACCUAAUUAAGGACAAAGUAUUCCAUUCACCAGCUAGUCAUAAUUGAACUGCAAUACUUGCAAUCUGGGUUCAUGGAUUUGCAUAUAUUACCAUUUGCUAUGUCAUAUAAUCAGGCAAGCUUUCAGCCUGCCACGAACAGAUCAUGUUUGAAUGGUGUGCAUAUGGUUUGAAUAUGGGUAAAUAAAUACUUUAUUGCAUAUAAGGGAGCAGAGUUAUUUAUGAAGUGGAGGUACAUAUUUCAUUUGAAUCUUUGAGAAGACUUGGCCCUUAGUACAACAUUGUCAUCAGUAAGGUUGGCUGAUUGAACUUUUGGGGGUAAUUGUAGCAAUAAUAUACACUGAUAAUAAUGAAAGCAUCUUGAUAUAUUUGUUUGCUGGUGGGCUUCGUGUAUGAGAAAUGUUAUACAUUCUAAAAAUUAAUGUAUAUGUCUAUUUCAGGUGGUCUGUGUUAAGUUGUAAACCCUCACAUAAUUCUAUCUCCUGUAUCUUCUAUUGUACUCUUACAACAAAUCAGCCAAAGUAUGUGUACCUACAUUGUACACAUUGAUUUAGGAAUACUACAUGUUAUUGCAUUCAUAGAAUGUUUAUGUAUUCUUGGCAUUGUUUCAUAAAAAUGAAAGCAAUCUACUAUUUUGUCUUUUAUUGCUGCUCUUUCUGGAAGUGGCCCCUAGAUCAGUUUUGAUUAUGUAUGAGCAUCUCUUUCUCUCUGUUUUGCUGGUCAUUUUAUCCCACAUCCUGUUUGAUAUAUUGGUAUGGACCACUAUAGGGCACAAUUCAAUAUUUCAGCACAGAUGGUAAGGGAUGGGGAAAGAAACGGGGCUUAUAUAUGAGAGGCAUUUAGGCAAACCGAUAGGACACCCAAGGCCGUUGCCUAGGUGGUAAGCCCCGAGUAUGUAUUUAGUGACAAACUAAAGCUACCCUUGUAACAUUUCUCAUUGGAUUUUCAGCUACUAAAAGAAACAUAUAAAUUUGAAAGUGUUUCCAUUGCUAACUUCCUUUCCAGUUUCCUAACAUUUCCAUUUUAGUUUCCUUGUAUUUUUUUUCAUAGAUUUUACUUCCUUACCUUUAGUCAUUUGCAAUUUAAAUAGAAAUGAAGAGUUUGAUAAAUAUUCCAUAAUCGAUAACUAUUUAUGGUUGUCAUGGCAUGCGUAUUGACCAAAUUAUGAAGAAAAAUAUAUUAGGUUUACACUCAUCCAAGUUUUGCUUUGCAUUGCCAAAAAAAAAAGAACAAAACACACAUUUAUCUAAUUGAUUAGCUAUUCUAAUCGUAAUUUGUUAUUUUUUCACAGUGUUUCAAGAUAUAUGAUCCAUCUGAUAAGAUUCAUAUUUGCUCUGUGGAUAAUAGUGAUCUUCAUAUCUUCUUUGCAUCACACAUUUAAGUGCAAUUUUUUUCUCAUGUUAUAGAAUCAGAUAUAUAUAAUUUAUAUUUACAUGUGUCUGAUUGUUCAUUCUCUUUAAUAUAUCACCAUGAGAAUGAUAAUUUCUUCUUUGAAAAGCUUUUUUUAUUAGUCCAUUCAUAAUGUGACACAUGGCCUUCAAAAUACUGAGUGUAUGACAAGCCAGUAGGUCUUAUUGGUUUUAAUUGCAUUUGCUGAAGUCAUGAUAAUCGAUAGACAGGAACAACUGUCUUUUCUGGAGAUUUAUUUAAGAAUUUUGUACCUUUUUCGAACUACUACUAGGUAAGUGAAGCCAAUGUAGUUUGAUAGAACAACCAAUGUUACAGAGACUGAAGCUUUUGGUCUAGAUAAUCGGAUGUUAUUCAAGUUAACAUCCUUUAAAAUAUUUCAAGAAAACAUUUAGUACCCAUUUUGGCACUCUAUAUACUAGUUGUUUGCAAAGCUAUCAAUAGUUUUAGGAACAGUUUUAUGAAACAGACCCUUAGUCCAUGUAACUCAAUGCGUAGAAAUUGCCUGUACACUUGAUCUGUAUGCCAGAUUGCUCCCAUACAUGUAGGUCUAUAUUUUGAACUCUGGCAAAUUCGCCAAAAGAUGCAUUUUGACGUUGGAUAGCCAAUUGUGUUAGAAAUCUCAAACAAUAAAGAUUCGAUUUGACACCUCACUUCAUCGUAACUGUUUUGGAAUGGUAAUAGAAUAAUUUUCUUCACUAUUUAAACUUGGAAAAAGAACACAAUAAAUAUUAGAUGCUUAAAGUGCUGAUCAAAUUUUGUACAAUAUCAGCUUCCCAUAAUUUUAGCACAGUGUUAGACCAUGGUCUCAGUUAAACCAGAUUUCAGAAUUUGCGUCAAUAUGAUCAAUGCAAUCAAUUGUCAAAAUCAUCCUGGUAAACAAGUGGUAGGCUUUGUGUUAUUGGGGCCCUGGUCUGAUGUGAAAUAACUUAUUGAAAAGUAAAACAAAGAAUGAUACUGAUAUAGUUUCCUGGUAUUCUCUUGUAGUAUUACAUUUGACUUCACAAACAUGCCCUGUAUUCAUAUGGUUAUGUUGUAGCUAAGAUCACUCUUCAAAAAGAUUUUUGUUUUCUUAAAUCCAAUUUAUGAUCUUUGAUUUAAACAAAAUUUUCUUUUGUCAGUAUAAUAAGGCAAAAGAGGGAGGGGGUAGAUCUUGUAGUCCAUGUGCUUCUACUUGCAUUUCCUUGGGGGGAGAAGGGGAACAUACUAUCUGAUAUUACGUUACUAUUAUAGCAACAACAACAAAAUAAGGGGGUAGAGAUCAUUGUUUGAAAGACUUUCUCUGUUGUAUGUAACAACUUUGAGAAUGAAGAUUGAAUGCAUUAAAUGUAUUGGUCCAUUGUUAUAUAUCAUGAUGCCAUUAUAAAUCUACUGUAAAGCAUAAAAUGCCAAGAUAUAUCAUUAUUUAUACAAGUUUACUUGUGUCAAUCUGAAAGUAAGACAUAUGAAACUAUUUAUCUUGUGUGGUUUCUUGAAACAAACCAGGAGGGCAUCAACGUAUAGUGAUGUGUGCUGUGAUUGGUUUAAUUUCCACCAUUUGACAUGCAGUCCUAAUACAGUGCACAAUUGUGCAUUAUAAUUUAGAUCUGGUUAGACUAGAACCAUACAAAAGUGUAAAGGAUUAUGCUUCAAAAGCAAAUUAAGCAUUGUAACCCAACGUUACCAUUGUCCUUAGCUCUGCUCUGCUUGUUAUGUAAGCAGAAUUGAAGAAAAUGUAUGAAGAAAGAGAGAUGUACACCAUAGCUCACUUUUGGAUUUUAUACUGUAGUAUAUUUCACAAUAUUAACUUCAAAUACUAAAUUAUCCUUUGUGCAGUUCUGUUCAACCUCAGCCUCUGGCAUUGGUAAAUCUGGCCUAAUCUUUUUUUUGUGCACAUCAAUAUAGUGCAUUCUAGAAUACGUUCUAUUGUUAUGCUAUUCAACCUGAAAUGAGUCCAAGUUACUUAUGACUUACCCGUCACUUUAUUGUACAUUACUGUAAAUUCACAAUUAUUGUCCUCACAUCUAGAUUAUUUUGCAAUUCCAGUAUACCUUCCCUUAGUCAAAGGUUGACUUUAUUUCUGAAUGGUCUUGUCUGUUUUAUUAGUUUCUAAUUGAAAGAAUAAAAUGUGUAUGUGUGUGGCCACAAUAAGAAUGCAUCUUUGAUCCC